AGUUGGAGGAUGUACUUAUGCUCCAUGAUGUUGGUGACAUUUUGCAUCUGAUAUAUCAACCUAAGUCUCAUUUUGAGUCAGAUAUUUGGAAUAAAUAUGGUCAUCUUUGUGAACAUAAUAAACGGGGUGCAGCAUCUUGAUUGGGAUUCAGGAAAGACUCAUCUCUACCAUUGCCAUGUUGAUUCGGAUGGAAGCUAUACUUUUAAGGGUCCGUACCUGAAAGCAGAAAGAAUCCAUCUGCAACAGUCUUUAGGAGAUGAGAAUGUAUUGAUUGUCAAGUUUGAGGAAAACGCCCCAGGGUGUCCAGAAGAGAUUGUUCAGAAUGGAAUUCUUGUUGGUUUGAGGCGCUAUCGCUUCUUUGCUGGCUAUCGACUCUCGAAGGCUGUUGCAUAUUACCUGUUAGCAGUACCUUGUUCAUUUGUAUCAAGCUGGUACACCCUCCAUGCGCAGAGUAAAAACAUCUACAGCAGCUUUGUUUUUAAUAUAUGCAGCAUGGAAAACUUUUGUUUUGUAAUAAUAAUAGGGCUACCAACUCUUCUUUUGUUUCGUAUUCUAGUCAUCUGCUCCUCCUAUGUAAUGAAGUACUUGGGCUAAGACCCAACCGACAAUAUUUUUUUUGUUUGUUUUUGGUUUAGAGUAUCUAUUUUUCACUUGGGUUGUGCUAUUUCCCUCUGAUGGAGCUUUGUUUAAUUUGGUUUGAAGCAGUAAUGCUAACCUCUCUCCAGUAAGUGUAUACUUGAAUUAGUUACAUUGAUUAGUCUCAUUAUGCUGCAGCA